AUGGCCGACCCGCCGACCAUUAUAUCCAAGAAGCUCGACUUCCUCGCCCACCAGACCCGCCUCCUCACCACCCCCGACCCCCUCGCCUCGCGCUCCUGGACCCGCUCCAACGCCUCCUCCGACAACCCCCCCCGGCGCGCCGUCGACGAUGCCCUCGCCAAGCUCGCCCAGCUGCUCAAGCAGCACGCCCGCAGGGUAUACCCGCCCCAGGCUACCCGGCACGUCGCCGAGCAGGUGGAGAGCCUCUACUGGGAAGAUACGGACCGCAAGGCCGAGGGCAUCGGCGGCGACGGCGUAGGGCGCGAGGUCGACCUGAGUGAGUUUUAUCUACCCGACUCCCCCACCUGGCCCUCGGAUCGCGAAUCCGCCGCCCUCCCCGCCGAAGCCCACCGCUACGCCGCACAAGUUGCCCGCCUUUCCACCCUCGCCGACGAGCGCCGCGUCGUCCUGCAGCGCGUGCGCCGCCUCCGACGCAUGCAGGAGCUUCUCCGGCCCUUUGAAGACUCCCUCGUCGACGCUGCCGGCCGGGAGAGCACCGUCGGCGUGCAGGAGAGCCUCCUCACCCGCAGGGGCCCGCUCGAAAAGGAACUCGAUCGCAUGAGGCUUCUCCUGCUGCGCGUCACCGCUCGGCUCGGUGCCGUCCCCGAGGGUCAGGCUCGGGGUGGGGAUAAGCGGGUGAGGGACCUGUUGGAGGGAGACGAGGAGAGGGUGGCCAAGGUCUUGAAGGAUUUCUGA